AUGGCUUCCGCAGCCUCUCCAAGAAUACCCACCGAGACGGUGAAGAACACCGUGGAGGCUCUCCUGAAGUGGCGAGAUUCCAAUUCCGAGUCUCACAAACCCAAACUCUUCGACGCCGAUGAAGAAUUCGUUUACUUAGUCGUCACUCUGAAAACCAUCCCUCACAAAUCCCGCGUUAACCCUUACAAGGUCCCUUUACCUCACUCUCUCCUCUCCCCCUUCAACGAGACUUGCCUCAUCAUCGACGACAGGCCCAAAUCCAAACUCACUAAACAAGAAGCUCAAAAGAAGAUCAAGGCCAAUAACGUUGCCGUUUCCAAGGUCCUCAGGUUGUCGAAGCUGGCCUCCGAUUACCGCCCUUUCAAGGCGAAGUGGAAGCUCUGUGAUUCAUAUAAUCUUUUUUUCGCUGAUAAGAGAGUGGUGCCUUUGAUGCCCAGGCUGUUGGGGAAGAAAUUCUUCAAAAAGAAGAAGGUGCCGGUGCAGAUGGACUUGACUAAGAAGAAUUGGAAGGAGCAGGUGGAUAAGGCGUGUUUGUCGGUGCUUCUGUUUCUUGGAACGGGGACUUGUUGUGUUGUGAAGGUUUCCAAGGUUUCCAUGGAGAGUGAGCAGAUUGUUGAGAAUAUGAUGGCUGUCAUUGAGGGGGUUGUAGAGGUUGUGCCGAAGAAGUGGGCGAAUUUGAGGCCCUUGCAUGUUAAGCUUUACGAGUCGCUGGCGCUGCCUGUUUUCCAGGCUGUUCCGGAGGUGAAGUUGAGGAUUGAGGGCAGUAAGGUUGAGGAGGCAGAGAAAAAAAAAAGAAGGGGGAGGAUUCAUGAAGUUAGAUACAUGGAUAGCGAAGUUGGUGGGGAUAAUGUUGAAGAUGUGGCAGGUAGUGAUGAUGAUGGUGGUGGUGUUGUUAUGGAGAAAAAUUUAAAGGAUGCUGGAAAAGGUAGUGGAGAAUUGGCGAAUAAGAAGAGGAAGAAAGGGGCAUUGAGUGAGUUGAGCAGUGUCAAAGAAUUGAAAAAAUAUGUUAAGAAAAGUGGUAAACAGGAUGAAUCUGCGAAAGUGAUGAAGGAAAAUUCCAACAAGAAGAGUCAGAAUAGUGAAUUAUCUCUUGAGGAUGGAGAUUCUGGAAAGAAGGGGAAGAAUAUCAAGAAGAAACUAUCUCUAUUGAAGUCAGAAGAAGCUGAUUUGAAGAAGAAAGUGAGGGCCAAAAAAAGUAAGAAGGCUGGCUGCUUAAGCACGAGCUACUUCAUUCUCCUCUCCGUGGCUGCUUCUUCCGCCGCUGCAGCUGCCACCGUUGCGUCGCACAAUCUCUCUCUAUCAUCCUUUGCGUCGAACGAGAUCCCUCCGCCGCCGCCGCUCUCGUCGCAUCUACUCCCAUCGUCGCAGAUCUCUCUUUGCCGCCGCUCUCAUCGCAUCUGCUCCCUCUGGCUCCUCUUCCAUCUAAUCUCAACUCGCUCUCUUAGUUCUUCUCGUAACCAUCUCAAAUUUCAGGUUUACUCUGAUUUUGAUGAAUUAUUUUCUGCAAUCGAAGCUUUUUUGACCUAA